AUGGCGAACAGUAUGAUUCCAGCACCAGAGGGCAUGCAGAUGUCCGGAGAUCUGGCGAAGAACUGGGAGGUUUUCCGUGCGGAAUACGAGGACUUUGUGCUAGCAGCGGGCCUCGAUGAGAAGUCGGAGGAAGUGCAGGCAGCCUCGCUACGACGGCUAAUGGGCCUAAUGUCAUUCACAAUCCCCGAAGAGCUGCAUAAAAUGGAGGGCGAUCGAUGCAUGCCCCUCACUAAAGAGCAGCUGAUUACCAACUACGCGGACAUCUUCAAUGACCCAAUCGAGUCAGUCCCAGGUGAGAUACACUUUGAGCUCGACCCAAACGUGCCUCCAGUACAAUGUGCACCUCGAAAUGUUCCAGUAGCGUUGAGGGAGAGGGUCAAGAAAGAGCUGGACAGGCACAUCAGCGCAGGCAAUAUCACACCAGUGAGCGAGCCCACGGCGUGGAUAAGUAACAUGGUGACUGUAGCUAAACCAGAUAAAAUAAGACUGUGCAUCGACCCCAAACCGCUUAACCGAGCAUUGCUGAGGUCUCACUACCACAUGCCAACUCUGGAGGAUGUGUUGUACAAGCUGCCCAAGGCCCGUAUGUUCACACUGGUGGAUGCUCGCGACGCUUUCCUACAGUGCAAGCUUGAUGACGAAAGCAGCCACUUGACGACCUUCUGGACACCGUGGGGUCGCAUGAGGUGGCUCAAGCUUCCAUUCGGUGUCUCUGUAUCGCCUGAAAUCUAUCAGCGCAAACAGCACGAACUGCUAGCAGGCCUGGCUGGCAUCGAACCAAUAGCGGAUGACAUUCUGGUGGUUGGGUGUGGCGACACAGAGGCAGAUGCGGAACGGGAUCAUGACACUAACCUGCGUGCUCUCAUGGAGCGAUGCAGAGCUGUGAAGCUGAGGCUGAGCGAGCGCAAGCUUCAGUUCAAACUUCAAGCAGUCCGCUUCCACGGACACAUACUGUCCUCAGAAGGACUGAAGAUUGAUCCAGAGAAAACACGGGCUGUGUUGGCGAUGCCGACUCCUGCGGAUACAAAAGCUGUCCAACGCUUCAUCGGCUUUGUGACUUACCUUGCGAAAUUCCUGCCAAAGCUCUCAGAGGUCUGUGAGCCACUCCGCAGACUCCUGGAUAAGGACAUAGAAUGGCACUGGCUAGCCAAACAUGAGGACGCGGUGCAAGAAAUAAAGCGACUGGUCUCAAACACACCCGUUCUCAGAUAUUAUGAUGUCACAAAGCCUGUCACUGUCCAGAGUGAUGCCAGCAUGAAUGGGCUGGGAGGCUGCUUGCUGCAAGGGGGGCAGCCAGUGGCUUUUGCCUCAAGAGCCCUGACACAAACUGAGCAAAACUACGCUCAAAUAGAGAAAGAGUGUUUGAGCAUAGUCUUUGCAUGCCAAAGAUUUCACCAAUACUUAUAUGGCAGAGAAAAGGUCACUGCUGAAACAGACCACAAACCAUUGAUCACAAUCUUCAAGAAGCCCCUACUAAGUGCACCGAAACGUCUCCAGGGAAUGCUGAUGCAGCUGCAGUGUUAUAACCUCGACGUGGUGUACAAGCCCGGGCCAGAAAUGUACGUCAGUGACACUUUAAGCCGAGCUACUCUGCCUCACCAAGGGCCAGACACCCCACACGUGCGACAUGCAGUGUUUGUCACCCAGACAGAGUACUCACAGUUAGACCAAGCCCAGCACCUGAAUGUCACUGCUUUCAGAUUCCGUCAAAUAGCACAGCACACAGGAACGGAUGAUGUGCUCCAAGAGCUGAAGUCAGUGAUUCUAGACGGGUGGCCGGACUUCAAGGAGGACACCCCACUGGCAGUGCGGGACUACUGGCCUUUCCGGGAUGAGCUGAAUGUGCAAAAUGGUGUGCUAUACAGGGGACAGUGCAUUAUCAUCCCAAAGGCCCUGAGAGCAGAGCUACUCAAGCGCAUACACUAUAGCCACAUAGGUGGCGAGGCCUGUUAUAGACGGGCCAGGGAUACCCUCUUCUGGCCGGGCAUGAGGGCACAAAUCAAGGACUAUGUAGCCAACUGCUCAGCAUGCAAUGAAUAUGCAAGGAAGCAGCAGAAGGAAUCCAUGAUGUCGUAUGAGAUACCCACACGUCCAUGGCAAACGGUGAGCAUGGACAUCUACUCCUAUGCGGGCAAGGAAUAUCUCAUCAUUGUAGACCACUAUAUUUGCGUGUGA